CGAUUCCUCCAAUGGUAAAUCAAGCGAAGCAGGUGGCACUGAAUCCUCGCCAUAGUGGUAACGCACAGAGUUGGCGUGAUACAAAUGAGCACUUGUUAUCUGCCGUACGGCAAGUGGGUGAUGCAAUAACAGGUGCGGGAGGUUCGCGACCGCCCAGUCAAAACCUGCUGGUUGAGUCGGUACCACCAAAGGCACCCACCAGCCCAGUAGUUCACGACCGAGUAUACAUAAGAGAAGAUAUACCAACACCACCGAGACCACCACCACCGGUGGAAAUCAGUCCACCACCCCGUCCACCACCUCCACCAGAGACAGAUGAUGAAGAAGAAACGCGUGCUUUCUGGGAAAGAUAUCCAUUGCCCGGAGCAUCUAGUCAACCAAUUUUGAGUGCCGCUCAUAAUUUGCAUCAGGAAUUGCGUCAGUGGUCAAGUCACGAGAAUGAAAUUGUUGCGGCAGCAAAACGUAUGGCCAUUUUAAUGGCGAGAUUGAGUCAGCUUGUGCGUGGCGAAGGAGGAACUAAAAAAGAUCUCAUUGACUGCGCCAAAGCUAUUGCCGAUUCCAGCGAAGAAGUUACAAGACUUGCCGUUCAACUCGCUCGUCAGUGCACUGACAUUAAGAUGAGAAUGACAUUAUUGCAAGUAUGUGAACGGAUUCCAACGAUCGCAACACAGCUAAAAAUCCUUUCAACUGUUAAAGCCACAAUGCUUGGAUCUCAAGCAGUUCAGUUUAAACAAUUCAAAAAUGGAAGGCAAUGUAAUGUGGUUAGGACGACGAGGGAUUUUUGGAUCUCUCGAAAUCCUUUGAAUUUGUUCAUUACCAGAACUUUUUCAGCAGCAAUCGGACCUUAUGGACAACCUGUUGAUGGAAGUGAAGAGGAUGAAGAAGCAAUGCAACAACUUGUAUUAAAUGCGCAGAAUUUGAUGCAGUCGGUGAAAGAUACAGUGCGUGCUGCUGAAGCAGCUUCAAUAAAAAUCCGAACAAAUAGCGGCUUGCGGUUGAGAUGGAUUCGUAAGCCAAUGUGGUCAAAUUUUUGA